CCGUGCUCCUCCUGACAGUCCUUAUCAUUGUUGCUCUCCAGGAAUUAUAAUUUUGCUUCUGCAUCAUCACCGGGCUUAUCCUGACACGUAAUCUGUCUAGCUUCGCCUUGGAAAUUUCAGUGGUUGUGCUUUGGUGCAGCCUGGCACCUUCAAACACCUUCAAAGAUACAUAUACUAAUCCGACCCGCCCCUCACCGUCUCCGCCUCAGCAUGCAGUUGGUUUAUAUUCCAUCAUGACUUCUUCCUCUUCUUCCAGGCCUUCACCACAAGCCCAGAUCUACCCUGGAAAAGGGCUGGGGUUUAUAACUCUGGGAGCCUCCCUCCACAAUGUGCUCAGCCGCGUCAAGUCCCAUCCCCAGACGUACCCCGCAAUAGAUAUCGCAUAUUCGUCCUCGGAACCUCUCCGGAAACCCGUAACGCUACAACUUCCAUCCAGCGGUCUCCGCCUGCGGUUCGAUGGGCCAGAUCAAAGGUUGCGGUUGAUCGAAGUGCUUGACUUCUCGAAGAUCACCCUCGUCUACAAGAACCAGGAGGUGCUGAAAGGCAUCAAACCGCAAGAGCCCUCCGUCACGCAGCAAGGGCCCAACUUUCGCCACAUCUACAAUCGUUUGUUUGGUCCCUCUUACCCUGGAGAAUACAUACCUCCCGACAGCCCCCAAUCGCCGUAUGGUACCUACGUGUUAUCCUAUCCCGGCGUCGCAUUCUCCUUUCCGCUCCAGAACUCAGCAUGGUCGGACCAGUGUGACUUUGUAGCAUUACUUUCUUCAUCGGCUGCAUUACCCGCAACCUCGAUGUCCAUUUUCCAAGGAUCGUCAUGGCCGGAGGCUCGAAACAAAUUGUUUACCCAGCAGCCCCAGUACCCGCGUUCCCCAGCGCUGGUCGGUAAAAUCAGGGAGGUCGUCCCGGAUGAGAUCGAGGAGUUCCUGAUUUUUGGGGCUGGCAAGAUCGAAGCGAUCCGACGGUCAUCCCCGCCGACCCAGAUAACAUUGUCAGAAACCACUCCGCAGGACUUGAUUGCCGAGUUCGGACCGCCGGAUGCAAUAUACCGUAAGAACGAUCGCAGAAUAGCCAUCCAUCGCGCCGCAGGCCGUAGCGCUGGAGAGGACGCUCUGCACAUGGGCCCAUCUUCGGGGCGCGGGAUCGAUGUCACCGACCUGGAUCAUUCGUCUAACAAUAGCGUGACCGACGACUCGGAUGACGAAGCCUCCCAGGCUCCCACGCUGGACCCAUCCUCUCUUCCGAGCGAGUGCUUCUUCAAUUACUUCCAUCAUGGCUUUGAUGCCUUCAUCUCGUACCCUACCGCAUCGGGCCCGGCCUUCCCUGGAUCCGACCUCCCGGAUCCAACCCCGCCUUCGCCGUCUUCCCAGCUGGUAGUGACCAAGAUCAUAUUGCAUGGAAACGUGCCAGGCUCGUAUCCGUUCAACCGGCACCGUCGCAGUCGCUGGAAGAUUAUCCACAACCCAGCCGACGACGCCCUCACAUCUGAGACUCGCUACGAAGAGAUCUCGGAGCAACUGCGUUCAGUCUGGAAGGGAGCCUAUGCAAAUGCCGCGGAGGAGCGUGCCUUGCAAAGACCCAUGAUCUUGAACCGGGGCUGGGGCGACAGUCCGGAAAGCAGUGUCGAGUUCCUAGGCGGGUGGGAAGAAAGCACCGGGAAGGGGCAGAGGACCGGGCAAGAGGCCCAUGAUGGAGGUCUAGGGAACACCGAGCUGUUUGGUUUUCCGGGCCUGUUGUUUGAGGUCAUGAAGAACGGGGCGGUGAGCUGCCUGACAUUGUACUGACCGAGUCAUGAAGGCGUUGGCGUUCAAAGGAGCCUUGUAUAUGUUUUUCAUUCCAUUUUCACAUGACUACUAGCAACAUGCUGGAAGCAGCGGGCGGGUAUUACUCGGUAUUGAUAUAGGCUUGACAAUACACACUUGACC